GUGGUAUAUUGGAGAAUAAUGUCUGCGGCAUCUCUUUGAUCUCGGCAAUAACUGUAGUAGAAUGACAAUUAUAGUUCGCGUCGUUUGUGAGCUUGUCGAUCCAUUCAACCGAAGCAUUACAACUUCCUCGCCUAAAGCUUCUGCUAUACAUUUAUACUUCCUAUCCCAGGGCGUAAUAUAAUCGUGUGUGUAAAAUUCGAAGUGUCUGUGUUUUCUCCCACUUAUUCAUGCUGGUAUGAUAAGGCAACUCUCAGCGAUCGAUUUCAGAGUAACAAAACAUGGAUGCCGCACAUAUAAUUACAGUAUGGAAUGUGCGUUGAUUUGUUUCUCUUCUCUCAGUCGUAUUUACUACUUCAUUUUGAACGUCUCAAGACAGCGGAAGCAGUGUUGAUUGUACAAGGAAGUUUGCACAGGAGAUUUGUUGACCCUGAACUCAAAACUUCCUGCCGACCGACUUAAUAUGCUAAUUAUAACAUACUGUCCAUUAUUCAUUGAUAGUUAUGAUCAUUGACACUUUUUUUCGUGCACGUUACAGUAAAAAUCACUUAAAGGAAACUCGAAUAUAGCGAUAUAUCAAUUGUUUAUCAUAAAGGAGUUGGGUUUUUCACAUUGAAUGAAUAUUAUUAAAAACACUUUAAUGCACCAUUUAAAUGGAUAAAAAACCUUAAUUCGGAAUGAUUAUAGACUAUGAUAAGUCUCCCGUGAACAGGUGAGAAUACCGUAACAGCGUAACAGCUAACGUUUUGAGAAAACAAUUUUUAAAUUAUUUGAAGAUUGUAAGAAUAUCUCUGCAUGUGACUGUCUAAGGAUCUGUGGUGAAUGAAAAGAUUUGAAGAUUUAUAUCUAAUGGCAAAUCUAACAACGUGUUUUCCAUUGCCUAGAAGUGUUCAAGCUAGCCUGUGAUAAGUGCAUCUAAGUAUUACAGAAUCGAAGCUAUCUUAAGAAUAUGGAUAAUUAAUGCUAAAUGAAUGAUCAAAACAUCAGUAUGGCUCAAGCGGUGAUCACGUGUGAGUUAUGUCAGGACGAGUCUGUUCUUAUGCAUUGUAAUUCCUGCAAAAUCAAACUUUGUAAUGACUGUGUUGGAAAACACGUGACGUCACAACUCUCAAAGCAACAUGACGUAGUGGGCUUUAAAUAUCGGAAAAGUGACGUCAACCUUCCACAAUGUGCUAACCAUCUACAUCAAAAGUGUGAUAUCUAUUGCAAAAACUGUGAUUGUCCUAUUUGUAGCAAGUGUGUGGUUACUCCUGAACACAAACAACACGAAAUGAUCGACAUCAUGGAUGAAUAUCUAACAAAAAGAGAACUUAUUUCUAGAGAAUCCGGUAUACUCGAGAAAUUCCUCAUUCGAGAGUUCGAUAAAGUAGAAAGUACUGUCGGGUUAAAAAUGUCCAAGUUAUCAAAAGAUUACGACAUUCUUGUUGAUUUGUUAUCAAGCGAAUUCGAGAAGAAAGUUCUGGAAUUAAAAUCAAAUCUAAAAGAAAAGAAAGCGGCCUUGCAGAGUUCACAUGAACGUGAUCUGAAAGAGCUUCGGUCUCAGUUGGAAAGCAUUUCGAGAAAAAACCAAGAGGCAAAACAAAUAAAAAAUAAAUACAAGGGAAUGUUGUCCGGAAUGGAUGUUGCAGCAGUACUGUCUUCUCCAUUUGCCGAAAAUCAGUUCCGAGAUGUGCCUGCCUUGGUAGAGAUUUGCGCCCCGAAAUAUUCGCCAUGUUCAGAUUCCAGACUUGUAGACUCCAUUCUCGGUGAACUAGAUUUCUCUAAUCGAUCUACUGCAGUUGAGGGCUAUAAAAUCUCUACCGAAGACCAUUCCUUCACCGGUGCCAAAGUGUUGUUGGAUGAGCCUGUUUUGUUAAGUACAUUUCAGACUGAUUAUGAAAGGGUUCACUCCAUUUUCUGUGUCGGAAACAACGAGGUUUGGGUGGUUGGAAGUGUUUAUGGAACAGUGACAAGAUUCAACAUUCGUGGUACGAAGUUAGAAACGGUUCAGGCUAUUAAAGGGUAUUCCCCAAACGACAUCCACGUAGAUAAGGAUGGCAAUAUUACAUUCUGCGAUAUGGGAGAAAGAAACGUUUCCAUGUGGAGCAAAGGAAAGCGUGAAACAAUUUAUGCUUGGAAAAAGUGGAAACCAACGGCUUUGUGCGUGAACAAACUGGGUCAUAUCCUGGUGUGUUUGAUAACUCAGGACAAGCUGAAUGCUAAGGUGGUCCGCUUGGUAAAAUCCAAACCUAAACAGAAAAUUCAGUUCGACGAUGAAGGAAGAGAACUGUUCCUCAAACCCCAAACGAUAGUAGAAAACAUCAACGAAAAUAUAUGCGUUCUCAAUAUGGGUGCAAAGGGUCUGGUAGUCUUAGACAAGUUGGGAAAAUUUCGAUUUUCCUAUGACGGAAGCCAAGCCAAUUUGCCUUAUUUCUUCAGACCGACGUCUGUCACCUCUGAUUAUCUAGGUCAGCUUUUAAUUACCGACGCCAUGAAUAACUGUGUGCAUAUCUUGGACCAAGAUGGACAGUUCCUUCUUGGAUGUGUCGGUAGAUCUAUGCUGAAUAUUGCUGCUGAUUUAAGUCUGGACGAGAAUGAUAAUCUCUGGGUGGGGGAACUGCAUACAGGAAAGAUUAAAGUAAUCAAAUAUUUGACGUCACGUCAAGAAGUGGAAAGCAUUCCGUCAAAGUGACUGAUGUCAUUUUUAAAACGUUCGGUAUAGACGAAUCAUAUUUUUUAACCGGGUUUUCCAACGGAAAAAUCCGGUUAUUGGAAUGUUUAAAAUGGCGGGCGGGCGGCUGCCAAAAGGAUACCCUCAUUUUACGGAUAACUCCUCCUACAGUUUUCAAGAUAGGAAGUUGUUCUUUUGCAGAUCAAUUGUACAUAUAUCAGAGGUGUGCAUAUUGCUAGGGUUUUGAUUUCUGAUAAUUUAUGAAAAAAAUACCAGCUUUUGAACUUAGUCAUUCUUUGGCAAAAUAUUGCAUAUAGGGUACUCCAUUUCACUGGAUACGAUAGGUAGUGUUUAUCAAUUCAGGGUUGACAUGGAUUAUGGAUACAGUUCACAUAAAAGAAAACCCGGUUUGCUGUCACAUUGACAGCUUUUCACUUGUUUUUAUUGUGGGUCAGAAUGAAAAUUUUUUGUUUUUCAGUGUUAUUUAUGAUGAAUAGAAAAUCUUGAUGCUACGGCCAAUUUUAUGAAUACGUAUAUGUAGUUUUAUAUACUCAAAAUGUGCCAUCAAAUUUAGUUUGUGUGUUAGAUUUUCAAUGCAUGGAACCCAUGAAUCUGCUUUCAUAAUUUUGUUGGAUGAACAUUCUUUAAUCACUUUUUAAAAUGAUAAAUAUACAUACACACUACAUAUGUGCUAAUAAAUAAAAUAAGCUUUGUAGUUGAAUUCUUUCUGGGUUGGUCUGUUCGUUAAUGAGAAUUUUUCAGUCGCGAGGCUAUAAACGGUUAAAGGAUAUGUUGCAAGCUAAGAAAUGUCAAUACCUGGGAAGAAGUUCUCUAAUAGAAGUCACUGCUUUCAUUUUAUAUCCUUAACAUUUAAUUUUCUCCUGAGGUCUAAGGAUGCUCAGUUUCAGGUACUCAUGUUGGACAAAUGUAGAAAUUUAUUAUUUUUAUCUUUUUA